GAGAGAGAGACAGUGAGAGAGACAGACCGUGAGAGAGAGAGACAGUGAGAGACAGACAGUGAGAGAGAGAGAGAGACAGUGAGAGACAGACAGUGAGAGAGAGACAGUGAGAGAGAGACAGAGAGAGAGACAGAAAGUGAGAGAGAGACAGACAGUGAGAGACAGACAGUGAGAGAGAGACAGACAGUGAGAGAGAGACAGUGAGAGACAGACAGUGAGAGACAGACAGUGAGAGAGACAGAGACACACACAGUGAGACAGAAGCUUUUUCUUCCCUGUUUCACUGCAGCCCUGAAAUGAAUAAAGCUUUCUCCUCCCUUCGAUCUAUCCUUUGGUGCCACUGGGCCAUGGUUCGUAAGAAAGGCUCCCUUAUCUUAUGCGGAGCGGUUCUGUUCGUCGCCUGGAAUGCCUUGCUGCUUCUGUUUCUCUGGGGACGGCCACCCAUCGGUCGGUUCGGAGACGGAGGCGGGGCCGAACCGGGUGCGGGAGAGGAAUGGCAAGCUGGGAAAGGGAAGCGAGGCGGGGCCAACGGGCUGGCGGGUGUAGUGAUCCAAUUGGCAGAAGAGGUGGAAUCGGAAUUGGAGACUCAAAAGAAACUCCUGAAACAGAUCCAGAGCCACAGAUCGUUGUGGGAACAGAGUAAAGACUUAAGUAAGAAAGAGGCUGAGGAUGCAACAGACAAAGAAAUUAAAGAACCUCAUCAUCAGUUGAAAGAACCUCAGCAGUUGCCCCCCUUACCCACCUCAGCAGGAAAUGAAAUGAUUGUCAAAAAGAAGCAGGUUUCUGUUGUCACAAAACCUCCUCCAGACACAAAGCAGGACAAGGAGUCAGACAAUGACAAACCGUUGGACAAAAAUAACCUGGACCUUACAGCUCCUAGUCCUCAAACUGUCAUCCCAAUCUUGGUCAUUGCUUGUGACAGGGUUACUGUGAAAAGAAGUUUGGACAAGCUGAUACAGUACCGGACUUCAGUGGAGCUUUAUCCCAUCAUCGUGAGCCAGGACUGCGGUCAUGGCGACACGGCCCGGGUCAUCGGCUCCUAUGGCAGUCAGGUGACCCACAUCAGCCAACCAGAUCUCUCCAACAUUCCUGUGCGGCCCGAUCACAGGAAGUUCCAGGGUUACUAUAAGAUCGCCAGACACUACCGAUGGGCCCUGAACCAAGUGUUUAACACAUUUGGUUACUCUACUGUGGUGAUCGUAGAAGACGACUUGGAGGUGGCGCCGGACUUUUUUGAGUAUUUCCGGGCUCUCCACCCAAUCCUGCUUUCCGACCCGACGCUGUGGUGCAUCUCGGCCUGGAACGAUAACGGCCGUGACGGCCUGGUGGACCCAGGAAAGCCUGACCUCCUCUACCGGACAGAUUUCUUCCCAGGUCUGGGAUGGAUGCUGUUGAAGGAGGUAUGGGCGGAGUUAGAGCCCAAGUGGCCCAAAGCAUUCUGGGAUGACUGGAUGCGUCACCCAGAGCAAAGGAAAGAACGGUCCUGCAUCCGGCCAGAGAUCUCCAGAACUAUGACGUUCGGCCGGAAAGGAGUCAGCCUGGGUCAAUUUUUUGACCAGUACCUACGCUACAUUAAACUAAACACUGAAUUUGUGCCUUUCACUAACCAGGAUUUGUCUUAUUUAGUCAGGGAGCACUAUGAUGAAGACUUUGAUAAAGAAGUGUACAGUGCGCCCUUGGUUAAAGUGGAGGAGCUACAGCCGGGUGGCAGUUUGCAGGGUUCAGGACCGUUCAGGGUGCAGUACUCGAACAGAGAGAGUUUCAAGGUGUUGGCCCGCAAUUUGGGAGUUAUGGACGACUUAAAAUCCGGUGUUCCACGCGCCGGUUACAGGGGCGUGGUCAGCUUUGUCUCUCGUGGUCGAAGGAUCUAUUUGGCACCCCCUGAGGGCUGGAGAAAAUAUGACACUAGCUGGAGCUGAAGGGUCUUAUAGGGAAAAAUGGACUGAGAAUCAGAACCAUGCAAGAGGAGAUGAUUGUCCUCUCAAACCAAAGAAAACCUGCAUGGUAUAGACGUGAAUGCACGAUCAAAAUGUGAGCGGUUUUUAUGAAGGACGGCAGCUUCGUUCUGUUCUGAUGAUUUGCCUUGCGUUCACACUAGCAAGCGACAGAACCUCUAAUGUCACUUCAGGUUCGUCACUUGUGGUGGUGUGUAGCGACUGCUACCCUUCUCACACAUUGGUGUGCACUGGCUGAUUUUUAUAUAUUUUUUUUUUUUCCACUACUGUUAUAAGAUAGAAAGACCUCUCUUAUUUUCAUCCCUUUUUUCACACCAAAGGCUGUCAAAAGAGAACUAAAAACUGGUCUGAAUCUGAUGUGAGAAUAAGGUGGGCAUGGCAGUUCUGUGGAGCUCACCUGAGCCGGUCGUUUGCAUUUGUCUUUUUAGUGCACCAUGACCAAUUUGCAUAAAACUGAUGCAGUCAAAGUCAAAUUUUGAAGGGUAUGUCACGCAACUUGCAUAGAAAUUCUAUAUUUGCCUGUAGCUCUGUCACUUGCUAGUGUGAAUAUACGUUUAAAGUUAUCAAACUUAAUUCCUCAUGCACAUACGUAUACGUAUUUGUGUUCGGAGAAGACCUAAAGUGAGAAAUAUGCCCUUUUCCAUUCCAGUGAAGAAUUGACAUUAUGACUUGCUAAAUUGUAUAUUUUCUGAGCGACUAUCAGAAAAAAAAGAUCUCGCGCUCGACGUCCGAGCGAGAGUUGUUUUCAGUGAGUAACUAAUAUUGUUCUAAAUGAAGUUCCUGACAUAAAUGAAGUUAUAAUUCUCUUAACUUAGCGUUCAAAAAAAAAGCAGAGUUUUACGUACCUUUUUAAAGGUGCGCUACUUUACCACAUGUGAAUCACCAAAACCGUUGUUGAAGUACUUUCAUUUUCUGUCGUUUGGGAGCACUUUCAAUACACUCAGUCAAAGAUGUCCGAAAUUGUUGGGUUUGAUGCAAAACCAAUGACCAUGAGAACUUGCUUUAUGAACAUGGUCUUUCCAGUGGAUCCAAGCGGACAAGCGGACGAAUCGAAUUUAAAAAAAAAACCAUGCUGUAUUUGCGGGUGUUCGUGGGAAGGUUUAAUCAUGUUUUAAUGUCUGUAUGACAAAGUACAAAACCACUGCCUGAUGUGUUUAUAAAUUUAAUACAUUGAUAAAUAAAAGACUAUUUUGAUA